UGUUCAAAUAACCACUUGACUUCCUCUCUUUUAGAGACACGCUCUUUAGCCAGCUAAUUGUGAGUCUUCGGCACAGUGUUAGCAACCAUGCCACAUGAUUUAAGCCUGAGUUCUCUUCUGGAACGCGGCCAAUCGCUUACCUUCGAGGGGAACUCGUCGCUCUUGGACAUCUUGCUGGACGGAUAUGAGUGGGACGGCAACGAGUCGUACGACAGUGCCAAGUCCUUCAACAGCGUGUGCGACCCCAACGAGGGCGGUCGGUUCAAGGCGGUCUUCAACACGGUCCUGUACUCGCUAGCCUUCGUGGUGGGCAUUCUGGGCAACGGGUUGCUUGUGGGAAUUCUGACGCGGAGCAGAAAGACACGCAGCGUGACGGACACCUUCAUUCUGCACCUGGCUGUGGCUGACGUCCUGCAGUUGUUCACGCUGCCCCUGUGGGCGGUACAGGACGGCCAAAGUUUGGGCUGGACCUUUGGCACGCCUCUAUGCAAGAUCACCGGGGCUGUUUUCACGAUCAACUGCCACUGUGGGAUCUUCCUUCUGGCAUGCAUCAGCCUGGACCGCUACCUGUCCAUUGUGCACGCCACCCAGAUGUACUCCCGCCGCAAACCGUGGAUCGUCCAGUCCAGCUGCCUGGCCGUCUGGCUCCUCUCGCUUCUGCUCUCCGUGCCCGACUUGAUCUUCCUGGAGGCGUUAAACGACUCAAGGCGAAAGAAAAGCCAGUGCGUGCGCAACUUGACUCAGUGGACACUGGGCUUGCGCCUCCUGGCCCACAUCGUCGGCUUCCUGCUACCGUCGCUGGUUCUGGUCUUCUGCUAUGCCAGCAUCCUGCGCCGGCUGCGUUGCGGCACGGGCGGCCUCCAGAAGCAGAAGGCCUUUCGGGUCAUCGUCGCCGCCGUGGCGCUCUUCUUCCUCUGCUGGACGCCAUACAACGUUGCCGUCAUGGUGCAAACGGCUUUUUUGGACAACAACGGCACCAGCUGUGCAUUCAGAACCUCUGUCCAGAUGGCCGUUGACAUCACCCCGAUUAUCGGCAACCUCCACUGCAGUCUCAACCCUGUCCUGUACGCCUUUGUGGGGGUCAAGUUCCGUCGUCAGCUCCUGGACCUCCUCGGACUGCUCAGCUCUAAGACAUCAACCAAAUUCCAGUCGGUGGGUGGCAGAAGAACCUCUGUUUGGUCUGAGUCUGCCGAAACCUCAGACUCCCUGGCGAUCUGAAACGCUCGUCUACAUCAGAACCAACGUCCCCACCAUAAUCUGAAAAUUGUUUCUUUAAGCUUUGGGCCUUGAGAUUUUGGAGCAGCUCCUUUUGUGCGCAUAAGUUUUCUUCUCAUAUCGCUUAGCUUUUUUGCUGAUUUAAAGUUCCACCACAUUUAUAGCACAAAAGGCAGCUGUAUGACACUGUGCCAUUAAAUGUAUGUGAAUAAACUUUUUUUCCCCACCCA